AUGUGUUUUAGCAGGUGGAAUAGCGCGGGUGCCAAACGAAGCAGGGAGAUUGAUACCCUCAUAAGCCGUGAUGAAAAGGCUCGACGUAGAGUAGUUAAGCUACUGUUACUAGGCGCCGGUGAAAGUGGAAAGUCAACAAUUUUAAAGCAAAUGCGACUGAUCUAUACCAAAGAAGGAUUUUCGAAGAACGAGAAAGAAGAGUGGCGCAUUAUAAUAUUUAAUAAUAUUGUUGAUGGUCUUCGUCUAGUAAUUGAUGCCAUGGAGGAGGAUAGCAUGAAGUUUGACUCUCCCAGCACAAUGGCACACGUCCCCAUUAUCAAAGAAGAGAAAGACUUAUUACCAUACGAAGCUAUACCCAUUGGAUAUUUACCUGCUUUUAAAGCCCUGUGGAACGAUAGUGGGCUUCAACGAGCACUAGAAAAUGGCAAAUUUGCGCUUCAUGACAAUCUGCGUUAUUUCUUCACCGAUCUUGACCGACUUUUUAAUAAAGAAUUUAUUCCAACUGACCAAGACGUACUUCGUGCACGGUUACGGACAACAGGGAUUACAGAGACUAUCUUUGACUUGGGAUCUCUACAAUACCGAAUGUUUGAUGUUGGCGGUCAAAGAUCUGAGAGAAAAAAAUGGAUUCACUGCUUUGAAAACGUAAAUGCACUUAUAUUUUUAGUUGCCAUCAGUGGAUACGAUCAAUGUCUAGCGGAAGAUAAAGAAAGCAACCAGAUGCAGGAGGCUCUAAUGCUCUGGGAAUCAAUUGCAAAUUCUCAUUGGUUUAAAAAAUCGUCCCUUAUUCUCUUCUUGAAUAAGAUGGAUCUUUUUAAGGCCAAGGUUGCCAAAAGUCCCAUUACCAAAUAUGGCUUCACCGACUUCAGAGGAAACACUAGAGAUCCCCAACAAACCAGCAAGUAUUUUAUGAAAAAGUUUGUCGGCUUAAACCGCGCUCCAGGGCGAGAAGUUUAUCCUCAUUUCACAGAGGCUACUCAUACUGAUCUCCUCAAAGUUACCAUGGCUUCCGUACAGGAUAUGAUAAUCCAAAAAAAUCUUCAAAGGCUAAUACUGUGA